ACCUGUAUGCAUGUGUUUCAGAGUCAACCCAAGGACAUGGUGACUGACUUUGAGGAGAAGCAUGAUGAACACUUAAUAUUGCUUCAGCAAAGAAACAGGAUUUUGAGGCAUCUCCAGAGGAAAGACCCCAUCCAGAUUAAGCUGGAGCAGCUGGAGCAGGGUUUUACUCUAUAUGUGAACGGAGCCCAUUCAGAGCCAAGCACUUGCCGCAAGAAAGUCAGCUUCCAGCAUGCUUCCAGAAGUGGCACACGGACAGUGAGGGCAAACGAUCCUGGCCCAAGAGCUCCAGUGACAGGAGGAGACGCAGGGGGAAGGAACACACAGAGUGCCCCGAGUAAAAUCCAGCGCAGAGAAUGGCUCCAGAGAGCCAUCCGGAUCAAAACAGAAAGUGGAUCUAAGCUCUAUGUUGCCCCUCCAGUCGAGUACUGUGAUGACUUUGAGCCCUACGACAGCCUCGACCUGGAGCCAAGUGAGGGUGAACCAAAUGGCCACUCCCAGGAACUCCAGCAGAGCUUGGAACUGGACAUGAGCCAGGAAGGCCUGGAAGGAGACAGCGUGGAUUCUGCCCCUCUGGACGUACUCAGUGCCAUGGAGGACUCGGACUCAGUGGAAGAGGAACAGGCCUCCAUGACGGAAGAGCCAGCUGAAACUUCCUGGGAGAGCCGGGAUGAGUCCUUGCUGCAGGCGGUGGCUGGGAAAAGCUGCAGCCUGCCCACUGAUGCUCUCAUUGUCGCCUCUUUCUCCACAGGCAUGAAGAAGGAACGAGUGCUUUCUGCCAGAAGGAGAGAGAAUGCUGAAGCCUACAUCCCCACCAAGCCCAUGAUGGUGAAGAGCAAGGCUGUGUGUCCCCUCCCUGCUGGGGCUCUGCAGCAGGAAGAAGCAGCCCCCACCAGGCCAGUCAGCCACUCAGAAAGGCCGCUCUCUGCAGCUCGAAAGAGCGUGUGUGAGAAGAAGGACCCGGCCCGCUCCGCCUCCCUUGUCCUGAAGGCCGUGCAAGUGGAGAACGAGACCCUUCCCAAGGAGCUCCUCUGCAGGCGCCAGGAGGGGUCCAUGAGCUCCCAGCCGGAGCCAGCAGCCUCCGCAGAGUGGCCGCCACCAUCUGAUUCUGUAGUCACCGAGGCUCCCCUGAAGCAACCAGAAGGAAGAGAAAUCUCGACGGCUGCCAGCCGGAUCGGGCUCUUGGGAAACAGGCCACAGAAGAAGCUCCUGAGAGUGCUUGCAGAGGCGGAGAGCCCAGCGGCCAGCUGUGACACUGCCGUUCCAGGUUGUGUCCUGCCAGAGCCUCAGGAGGAGGAGCAGCUGGCAUCGGAACGAGACAUCCGGGACGCCAUUUAUGUCACCCUGGAGAUCCUCUCCAACUGGGGGAGUGCUCUGAGGGUGGGGCUGGCCGAAGUGGAGUUCUUUGACCUGCACUGCAGGAAAGUGUUUGUGUCUCCUCACGAUGUGGACAUCAGGCACGCCGACUCGCCCGGAGACCUCUGCUGCUUGGUGAACCGGAACCUGCGGGCCGGCAAAGACCCUUCCUCUUGGACGUGCCCUUUCCAGCCCCCAGUGCAGCUCUACUUUGUGCUCCGCAACCCCAGCCUGUCAGGUGACUUUGGGCUCUCCAGAAUCAGGAUUUGGAAUCACUGCACUCCCCUCCUUGGCGAUCUCAACAUAGGAGCCAGAAACGUGGCUGUCUACGUGGAUGGAAACUUGGUCUUUGCAGGAGAACUGCCCAAAAGCUGUGGAACAGCCGACCCUGAGAGCAGCACGACCAUCGACCUGCAGACAAGCAGUGCCCUUCCUCCUGAAGGGUGGGAAGAGGGGGCUUGGAGCCAGCAGCCAGGCGGGUCCCUGUUAGAGCCCGACUCUGCUGCAGAGGGAAAUCCCCCCCAGGAAACAGCGCCCGCCUCCAGCCUUGUGAAGGUGGAAGGGUGUCCCCCGGUGCCUUCAGACUCUGCUUUCACGGAACACGUUAAGAGCUCUUCCUCUCCAGAGGUCCCUUCUGACGAUGAACUGCCUCUGAGCAAACAAAUGGACCAACUCGCCAGCCGGAGAAUGACUCCGAUUCUGUCCUCUGCCUGUGCAAAGAGCAAGCCCUGCUCUGGCCCAGAACCGCUGCCUCUGUGGCUUGAGUCGGAGCCUCCUCUGGAGGGCAGAGUCCAGCUGCCGCCCCCUGAGAACAGGAGGAGGGUCUCCCCCGAAGCGGCAGGCGAGAGCCCCCCUCCCCUUCCGGCUGGGCUCGAGAGGGACUGCAGAGAAGCUGCUGGCACCAGCACGAGGCUGCCCACCCUAGCGAGAGGGGAGUCCGACUUCCUGAGUCUGCUGUCCCGCAAGUACAGGGGCACAGCCCAGCACCUCCCUCCUGGGAGGAAGAGAGGGAAGGAGGAAUCCAGCAGCGACUGCGGCGGAGAUGAUGAAGCCCCCCAGGAGAGAGAUGAGCCUCCCUCCUCCAGGGGCACCAGAACCUCUCGAGCCAAGUGGGGCAGCGCCCAGGAGCACGCCCUGCAGGAGUCGUGGAAUUCCCUCCUGCAGUUCAACCAAUCCCACCGUGGCCGGAUCUCCAACAUGGACUUCCAGGGCGACAUCUUGGAUGAAUUCCUCCACCAGCAGAAGGUCAGCCGGCAAGGAGAGACUCCCCUCAAGGGGAAGGACCCCCGGGCUGCCCUCCUGCUGCCCCCGCAAGGAGAGAAGGGGGCCCUGGAGCUGGAGAACGAGUUCAAAAUCCCAGUUUUGCCUUUCGGGCAGCGCUUGAGAAUAGACAUCUGGUCGACCUGGGGAGACCGUCACUAUGUGGGCCUUAACGGGAUCGAGCUGUUCAGCUCUGAAGGACAGCCUGUUCCCAUUGCCACCAUCCGGGCCGACCCGCCGGAUAUCAACAUCUUGCCAGCCUACGGCAGGGACCCCCGGGUGGUGGCCAAUUUGCUGGACGGGGUGAACAGGACUCAAGACGACAUGCACCUCUGGCUGGCCCCCUUCACCCCCGGCAAGGCUCACUACAUCUCCUUGGACUUCGUGAAGCCUUGCGCCCUGGCCAUGAUUCGCAUCUGGAACUACAACAAGUCUCGCAUCCACUCCUUCCGGGGCGUCAGGGACAUCACCGUGCUUCUAGACGAGCAGUGCAUCUUCAAAGGCGAAAUUGCCAAGGCUUCUGGGGCCCUCUCUGGAGCUCCAGAGCAAUUUGGAGACACCAUUUUGUUCACAACUGAUGACGAUAUUUUGGAGGCCAUAUUCUGUUACGACGAGACCUACGAUGAGGAAGCCAGGAGCGUGAGCAGCCUGCGGCACGAGGAGGAGCUGAAGAGGCCGAGAACUGCCGACGGGGAGGGGGAUGAGAGGCCCUUCACUCAAGCUGGCUCAAGGGCCGAAGGUCAACAGAGCCAAGAGCAAAGCUCCGUGCCAGAGUCCAUCCCAGAGAUAGUGACCAAGGAACCUGGCCUCUACACCGGGAAGUGCCUCCUGCUGAACUUCACGGCUUCUUGGGGAGACUCGCAUUACCUUGGACUGACGGGGCUGGAGGUGGUGGGGAGGGGAGGCCAGGCCCUGCCCUUGACUCUGGACCAGAUCUCAGCCUGCCCUCGAGAUCUGAACGACCUCCCGGAAUACACGGAUGAUUCCAGGACCUUAGACAAGCUCCUCGACGGGGUCAACAUCACGAUGGAAGACGACCACAUGUGGCUGGUUCCCUUCAGCCUCGGAGAAGACCACAGCCUGAUCAUCCAGUUUUGCAAAGCGGAAACCAUCGCAGGGCUGCGCAUCUGGAACUAUAACAAGUCUCUGGAGGACACGUACCGAGGGGCCAAGGUGGUCCACGUGUCACUGGACGGCGCUGCCCUCUCCCCCCCAGAAGGCUUCCUCGUCCGCAAGGGGCCUGGCAACUGCCACUUCGACUUUGCCCAAGAGAUCCUUUUUGUGGACUACCUGCAGGGCCUCCCCGCCCUUCCCGCCUGCGAGAGAAUGGAAACGAAGAAGACCGAACAAGCGAGCAUGGACUACGAAGCCCCCUUAAUGCCCUGUGGCUUUAUCUUCCAGUUCCAGCUUCUAACCAGCUGGGGCGAUCCGUAUUAUAUUGGCUUGAAUGGACUGGAGCUGUACGACGGACGUGGGGAGAAGAUUUCUCUCAGUGAGAACAACAUUGCAGCUUUCCCCGACAGCGUUAACAUUCUGGACGGUGUUUGCGGAGACAUUCGGACCCCAGAAAAACUCAUUGACGGGGUGAACAAUGCAACCGAUGGGAGGCACAUGUGGCUCGCGCCAGUUCUUCCGGGCUUGGUGAAUCGGGUGUACGUCAUCUUUGACAUGCCGACUAUGGUCUCCACGAUCAAGCUGUGGAAUUACGCAAAGACUCCACCACGGGGAGUGAAAGAAUUUGGACUCCUGGUGGACGACUUGCUCGUGUACAAUGGGAUCCUGGACAUGGUGCGUCACCUCCCCCACGGCAUCCUCCCCACCUGCGAGCCGGUCGUCCCCCAUCACACCAUCCUCUUCACGGACGACGAGAAGAUCUGCCGCCAAGAGAAGAGCACCGUCAUCAGCAAUCACAUUGAAGAUCAGGACGUGCGGCUGAUGAACGACAACCGGAUCGUUGCCUGCUCCAAGAAGAGACAGGUGGCCGCUGACCCAGCCCUUCGGCCCAAAACCUGCCUGCGAGACAAAGGCGCUCUGCGGAGGACGAGGCAGUGA